AUGUCAAAUCGUCAACAGAUCGACUCCGUCAUCGACGAUGACGAUGAGUUCUGCCCCCUCUGUAUCGAGGAGUUCGACCUGUCCGACAAGAACUUCAAGCCGUGUCCGUGUGGGUAUCAGAUUUGCCAAUUUUGCUACAACAAUAUCAAAACCCACAGCGAAGAAGGCCGGUGUCCCAACUGCCGACGUCCCUAUGAUGAAAGUACUAUCCAGUACAAGGUGCCCGAUGCCGAUGAAUUCAAGGCAGACUUGGCGUUGAAACACCGAAAGGCCGCCGCCGCGAAGAAGAAGGAAGCCGAGAAGCGCGAGAUCGAGGCUUCCAGUCGCAAAAACCUGGCCGGCGUGCGGGUCGUCCAGAAGAACCUCGUUUAUGUCAUCGGCCUCAAUCCGACGAUACGCGACGAGCACCAACUCCUGCAGACCCUGCGUGGCCCCGAGUACUUUGGGCAGUAUGGCGAUAUCGAGAAGAUCGUCGUGAGCAAGGCCAAGCCGGGCGGCAAUCCGAACCAGGGCAUUGGCGUCUACGUGACGUACACGAGGAAGAGCGAUGCGGCCACGUGCAUUGCUGCGGUGGAUGGGUCGGCCAAUGGUGAUCGAGUUCUCCGGGCACAAUACGGCACGACCAAGUACUGCUCAUCCUUCCUGCGCAACGAACAAUGCCACAACCGGAACUGCACCUUCUUGCAUGAGACCGGCGAGGAUAGCGAGAGCUACAGUCGACAGGACCUCUCGUCGAUGAACACCCUUUCCAGUCAACGGUCCAACGGCGCGCCGAGCGGGCCCACUCAGACGGUCCCUCCCCAUGUCGCCCGGUCGUCCGCUCAGCCGAUAUCGCAACCCAUGCGCCGCCAACCGAGUAAAGACGACGGGAACGGUGGCCGCGCUCCGGAUGGGCCGGCACUCCCCUCAUCGGCGAGUUGGGCGAACAAGGACAGCGCGAUCAAUCGGACGAGACGCGCGAGUCUGACCGGGAGCCAGGCAUCGCAGAGCCCACGGCCCGCGAACGCAGCAGUGGCCACGCCUCCUCCCGAAGAGCCAAAGCGGCCCGAGAAGCAGUCCGCCAGUGCACCGGAGCGUAGUGCAACGCCGUCUCCUCAGGAGGCCGCCCCAUCGGCAGCGAAUUCGCCGCGCCAAUCGCGGACCCCGACCGACCCGAUGACGUCCAUCCUGGAGAACUUGAUCAAGGCGGUCAACUCCCCGGACUUCAAGUUCAUCUUUUCCCCGGCCGGUCUCUCGUCCGAAGAAGCGGCCCGCAUCGAGAACCACCCGUCGUUCAUCGAUCCGUAUGGUGGUGUCAAGCGCCGGGCGAUGCGCGAGAGAGCGGAACACGAGCGUGCGCGGAGCGAUCAGGAGAUCGUGCAGACGGCUGUCGCCGAGGAAGACAGUCGCGAGAGCGGCAGUCUGCAACUGGGCGGGGAACCCGACGAUCUGAACCCUCCGCGCGGCCGGAUCAGCCGUGAGUCCCAUGGCGCCAUUCAGCCGCCGUCGCAGCAAGGCACGACGACGAACUCGGUGGUCGGGUCCCCCGUUUCCGCCGCCAGUCAUCAGUUCCAAAAUCUAAACCUGGGUGGUCGCAGCCUGACGCCGUUGCAGCAGCAACAGUUGAUGCUUCUCAAGUCCGCGAGCAACCAGCAGGCGGCCAUCGACCCCUUGCAAGGUGCCAUCAGCCCGGCUUCCUUGGAACAGGCGGCCCAGGUCCGCCAGGGCUUGAUCCAGUCCCAGAUGGCUCAGUUCAAUGCCAUGCAGGCCCAGAACCGACAGAAUUCCCGCUUCUCCUUCAGCAACGAGGCCGGCUCGAAGAAUCUGCCCAAUGUCCGCAUGUUGAACCAGCAGGCGUCGAUGCUACAGUCCGGGACGCCGAACCCGCUGGCCGCACCCAGUCCCCAGCACGGGCUGGCCAACAACUUCUACACCAGUGGUGUGCAAGGUCCGCCCCCGGGGUUGAAGACGGCGGGAACCCCUCCGAUCAGCGGGGGUGGGAUGUUCGCCCAGGGCCACGGGUUCACGACUAACACGGCCCUGGGAGGCAACCUCGGCAAGCAGGAGGCCAAUCCAGAGUUGAUGCGCGAGCUGCUGCGCGGCCGCAGCGGUACAAACGCCGGUGGUUUACAGGGGCAGGAGGCCGCUAAGCGUGAGUUUAUGUUUCCUUUUCUCCAGCAACACCAGACCCCCCCUCCCCUGACUCCCACCGCCAAUGGCCUUCUGAGCUCUUUCUAUGGCGCCCAACCCGGGAAUCUCUCCGAGACGGGUCCACAGAAGCAGAAGAAGAAGGGGAAGAAGCAGAGACACGCUAACACUUCCUCCGGUGGAGGCGGUGUAGUAGAUCUUGCGGACCCGAGUAUCCUGCAGGCAAGGAUGCACCAGGUCGGUGCGAAUGCUGCUGCUGGGCAAGCGCUGUAUGGGAGUCAGGGUCAAGUUGACGAAGACUUCCCUCCUCUGGGCGCUCCCGCCAAAGACAAGCGUCCGGUUGACAGCUUCGGGUUUCUCGGGCGAUCGCAUCUUCAUGCGGAACCCCAGGUAUCGGCACGUUCGGGGACGCCGACCCUUCCCCCCGGUCUUCCCUUGCCACACUCACAUCCUGUGUCAAGCCUAAUCCAUCACACCACAAACCCUCCUAGCCCGGCAUCAUCAACCGCUAUUCUUCCGCCUGGCUUGAACAUUCCGUUCCACCGGCUGGGUACCCCGUCGCAGGGAUUGCAUGAAUCUUCUCGUCACGCAUCUCCUGAGCCUUCGGAUACGGCAGAGAAUGUUCCCCCCUCCAGUUGGACAAAGAAUGCCUCCGAGAUCUCCCUGGGAUCGCCUGUUCCCAAAUCCGCGCAAAAGGCUCGUACGCAGUCGAAGGACGAACGCCCAGUCGCUACUGGAAGGAAAGCGGGGAAGUCCAAGGCUGGUGUGACUGCUGACGGGGAGCCAUCGGUAGCUUCGCGAGGCAAACCCAUGAAACUUGAUCUCCCCUUGAACACCGUCCCGGCUGCAGAAGCUCCCAAGGUCGAGCCAUCGGUCCAACCUGUAUCCGUCCAGGCUGCCGCCCCCCACUCCGCUGUGGGCUCGCGUCCAAAUACACCUUUGACCGGCGUUUCGCGUACCUCAGAUUCUCCAGCGCCCCGUCAACCUCGAGUGCUUCGUGUUGUUGACACCCCAAAGGCCGAAACCCCACCUCCUAUUUCCGCCACCCAGUCAGUCUACUCAUUGCCGGGAGUCAACAAAGUGCGGUCCAGGAGACCAAGUGUUUCAUCUCUGAGCCGUCCGGAUACCCCUGGUGACAUCGGGUCAGAAGCGGACCUGUACACGUCUGCCUCGGUCUCUCGUGCCAACUCGCCUCCUGCUUCUUCACGGAUUGGCUCGGCUCCCGUACGGAGUGUGACCAAGAGCCAAGCCAAGAAAGAGCGACGACAGAAAGCCAAAGAGGCUGAAAUCAAGAAACAGGAGGUGACGACGGUAGAGGAACCAGUGCAGGCGCCUAUUAUUGGCAGAAAGCGCAAGACCAAGAAGGCGCCUGUCAUCAGCCACGAAUCGUCUAGCGGCGCGACGGAUAAUAACGCCGCUCCUGGAAAAUCCGAUGGCGAGAUUCCCGGUAAGACGGAACCCAAGGUGGAAGCAACCAAGAAAAUGAAGCCCAAAGACAAAUUGGCAGAGACAAAGCCGAGUCCCGUUGAAGAGAAAGAGACUCCGGCCCAGAAGGCUGCCACCGAGGCGUGGCGUGCAAGGAACACCGUGGAACAGAUGAUCAAUGACUCCGAGGCGACCGGUGUCCCUAUCCGGGAUCUGUUUGGUGAACGGACCUCAUCGUUGCAGGCCUUACUCGCUAGACUGCACAAGUCGGGUGAUCUGGACCUCAACAACCACCCUCUGUUCAACCCUCCGAAUCUCAGCCAGCGCUUCGACAUGAAGUGUAACUCCGAUGACUACGACCUCCUGAAGCAGCCCAUCGAGCUCACCGAGGAGCAUCGCAAGACUUUGCUGCGCGGAGAGCCCAUUCGCCUCCAUUCCGACUCCAAGUCGCUCAAGGAUCGCUGCCUGAUCAGUCCCCGCGGGUGCGUUCUCCACCACCUUUCUCCCGAAGAGGAAGACCGGUAUCUCGCCCUCGAGAACAGCAUCGCUUGGGCGAUGGAUUCCUUCCACGAGUAUCCGGCAGUCCCAAUCACGCAGCCCGACUUGACCAACCGCGGAGGCGACCUCGACGCCCUCUUCGCGACCCCGGAGAAUUUCAACGUCUGCUGGGUCGACGAGACGUCCGGCGGUCUCUCGUCUGCCUCGCCGACCGCAGACCUGGACGUCUCAGAGAGCUCCUUCACCGCGGGCCUUCCUCCCAACGUCCUCUCGGCCAUGGAAGCGGACAGCAAUCGCACCCACAACUGGGCGAUCACCAACACAGCCGAGCUGGUGAACGCAACAACUACCUCGGUGCGGUCCUUCGCCGCAGCCACCGCGAAACACAUGCUGGGCGCCGCAGGUGUCGUCAUGGGCAACAUGCCAGACCUGGACGACGUGGUCGGCAUGACCGACGCAGAGCUCCGCUCGUUUGCCGUCAAAUCGCAAAAGGAACUCGAGUCGUCGCGGAAGGAGCUAGACGGUAUCGACAAGAAGGUGGGCGCCUUGGUCAAGCGGAACAAGAAGCUGGCGCAGCAGGCGCUCACCACUGCCGUGGAUGCUUAA